UCGUUCGAAAUCCAGAAUAUUAGAUCCUAAUUUCGGACGUAUUUAUACAUAAAUAUAUCUAUAUAUAUGUGUGUGUUGGAUGAUUCUUUAGAUCUUGCGAGGAUCGUUGUUCUGUUCAUUAUCCUUAACUUGUAUCUCACGAAUUCGAUCUUCUUUUUUUUUUUUUUUUUAUCAAUUCUUUUGCGAUUCGGCGAUCGCUUUGGUUUUCUCUCUCAUCUCUCUCCAUGUCGCAGCCUUCAGGAUCAUUGAGCUUUGAUGAUAGUAUGACGACGUCGGAAAUACAGCAGAGACUAGGAGAGGAAAUGAGUGAUUCUCAGAGGGGAAAAAAGAUUUUAGACUUGGAUCUAAAUGACCCUCCUGUUCCUUCUGACUAUGGAAAACCUCAAGCCCCACAAAAUGUGAAGGAUUUUGAGGUCAUCGACGAUGACGUUGUCAUAAUUUCACCAACAAUGUUUGCUGAAGCGAAGAACAAUUCCAGCAGAAACCUUGAGGUGACAGUUGUAACCCAUGCCAAUACUGAAGUGAACAAUAAUCGUUCAGAAGCAUCAACUUCAUAUCCUGUUACCGUUCACCGCAACAAGCGUAGAAGAUUAUUGAGAAAUCAAGCAGUUUUGAACUGGGAGAUUUACAUGAAUUCAGAAGAUAGUUGCAAAGUUCAGACAAAGGAUGACACGGUUAUUUCACCAUCAGAGGCACUCUCCUUCAAUUGCCCGAUAUGCAUAGGUCCAAUGAGUGAAGAGACGUCUACAAAAUGCGGCCAUAUUUUCUGCAAGAAGUGCAUUGAAGCAGCAAUUAAAGUUCAGCGCAAGUGCCCGACAUGCCGCCAUAAACUCCGAAUGAAAGACAUUAUCAGGAUCUACCUUCCUACCAGCAUUUAAUUGAGCCUUUAGAACACCUAUAAUGGUUAUGUAUCGUUUUGGGGGAAAGCUCUCGAUGUUGUGAAAUCUUAACUCAAGGAAUUAAUGGUGUUGGUCAGAAAUACUAUUUUUAUGACCUGAUAGGUUAGAUGGUUUUGGCAUUUGUAUAGUUCAAAAGAACUAACUUUUUAAAAUGUUCCAUUGGUGGGAUUUCUCAAUUGGUUCUUAUGGGUUUAUAGGCAUUUAUUUUUUAGGUUUGGGGUUUAACAGGGUUUGUUAAAUAAAAAUUAUUAGUAAUCAGAUUCUAACUGGAUUUCAUUGUGCUUUACAAA